CAAAAUGCUAGAUGUCACCUUAUAUGUCAGACUCUAAACAAUACAUUAAAAUUACCCAUAAUCUGCCAUAAUCAACAAAAAUUGAAUUAAAUUGAACCCACUGAAUAUCAUUAAUCUAAGAGAUAACGGAAAACCGCAAUAUUCCUGCUUAUUUUACAUAGUUACUCAAAUUGUACAAUGUCAAAUUACGACAGAGCUAUAACAGUGUUUUCUCCAGAUGGACAGCUCCUGCAAGUGCAAUACGCCCAGGAGGCAGUCAGAAAAGGAUCAGCUGCAGUCGGGGUGCGAGGACCUAGCGUUAUAGUACUAGGUGUGGAAAGAAGAGCUGUGGAGAAACUGCAAGAUGGAAGAACAGAAAAGAAGAUCGUAGCGUUGGAUGAGCACGUGAUGUUGGUUUUUGCUGGUCUGAGGGCUGAUGCGAGGGUCCUGAUAUCCAGGGCUCAAAUAGAGUGCCAGUCGCACCGUCUCACCGUCGAAGACCCAGUGACCGUAGAAUACAUAUCCCGAUACAUCGCCGAGUUGAAGCAGAGGUACACGCAGAGCAAUGGACGCAGACCCUUCGGCAUAUCGUGCCUCGUGGCCGGCUUCGAUGAGGACGGCACCCCACACUUGUUCCAGACGGAACCCUCGGGGAUAUAUUACGAGUGGAAGGCGGCGUCGAUUGGGCGUUACGAUAAGUCAGUGAGAGAGUGUUUGGAGCAACAUUACAGGACCGAGGUGGUGUCCUCGGACCAGGGUGCAGUGCAGUUAGCCAUAAGGGCGCUCAUGGAGGUGCAAUCUAGAGGGAGGAGUUUGGAUAUAGCCGUUAUGAAAAAGGACAAACCGGUCAUAAUGUUGAGGGAGGAGGAUAUUAAUUCAAUCAUCAAAGAACUGGAAAAGGAAAAAGAAUCCGCUGAAACUAAGAAACGAAAAUGAAAUCUCAUCUUUUUGGAAUUACUUUUUUUUUAGUUAAGUUUUUAUUUUGUAAUCCUUUUUAAUGUUUAUAGUAACAUUUCUUUUUUAUGCAUAAAUAUAUUUUUCUAAUACCUAUACAAAAUGAGUUGUUAUUGGAAUAUACAUUAAUUACUUUCCUUUUAUUGGGAGUUAUUGCAACUGCUAAACCAAUACCUAUAUACCUAAUAUAAUUUAAGAAACAGCACCCAUUUAAUGUUUACUAGAUAUGGUAAAUAAGAUAUCAUGCCUUCCAAGAGUCUUAAUAUAUUAACUAAUAUGAUGCUCUAAGUCAAUACAUGUGAAUAUGCAAAAGUACUUACUAUAUAUCUACAAUAAAUAUAUGAAACAUCAUACUUGCUACGCUUGUGCUUCAGCCGGCAUUUUUGAUUAAUUACCUG